AUGGGUUUAGGGCUGCUGCACUUCGAUGGUCGCGUCGUCGACGACGAUGAACGGCCCCUACUGGAAUCUGAUGACGACGAGGAGCUGAUGCAUGUUGAGCCUGGCGUCGCCGUCGCCCUCGGUUCCCGGCCCAUGGAGUCGCCUGGAACUCUCUACGUCACCUCAAGGAGGGUGAUUUGGCUGAGCGACGCCGACAAAGGGAAAGGGUAUGCGGUGGAUUUCUUGUUGUUGUCCCUCCAUGCUGUGUCGAGGGACCCGGAGACCUACCCCUUUCCUUGCAUCUAUACUCAGAUUGAGAUAGGCGAUGAAGAUGAAGAGUCUGAAAGCUCAGAUUCAGAAAGUAAUGAUGAUUUGGAAUUGUCAAAAGUCACUGAAAUGAGACUUCUUCCUUCAGAUGCUGGAAAGUGUAUCCUUGCUAUCAUGCAUGCCUCAUAUUGUUAGUGCAUUUUAACAUUGUAAUGGGUGUUUUGAAACUUCACAGGUUCUUUCUUGUUUUUACAAAUGACAACACCAAUAUCAAUUGAAGACGUUCGUAGAGAGGUCAAAAUCCUCAAAGCCUUGUCCAACCAUAAUAAUCUUGUCAAAUUUUAUGAUGCAUGUGAGGAUGCACUUAACGUCUACGUAGUCAUGGAGUAUGUCUUAAUUAACUC